AUUUCGAGAUGAAUUUUUGCUACGAAGAGGGAAAAUUGGAGCAAACAAACAAGCAAUUCCAAUCCCAUUUGAAAAUAUCAGGCCCUUAAAAAAAUUGGGCUUGGGCCCUAAAUUAUCUUGGGCCGUGGGUUGUGGUUUCUUCUCCAAUGAAAAAUGCAUAACAUCGCGUACUCUCGCUUGGGCGGUCUUCAGAAAUCGUUGGCCUUGUACCAGAAGGUGCCAUGGUGGGAUCACAUCCUGAAACCAGACUCCGAUUUCGUGAUCCGAUGGAACGGAAUCUUCCUCGUCACCUGUUUGAUCUCGCUCUUCGUCGAUCCUCUCUACUUCUACCUCACCAUCAUCGGCGGCCCCGGCUGUAUGCGCUUCCACAUCGAACUCGCAAUCAUCGUCACUUUCUUCCGCACCAUCGUCGAUUUGUUCUCCCUCUUUCACAUUCUCAUGAAGUUCCGCACCGCUUUCGUCGCCCCCAAUUCCAGGGUUUUCGGCUGCGGUGAGCUCGUCAUGGACCCUAAGGCCAUUGCUGUGCGAUACCUCAAGAAGGAUUUUGUUAUCGAUCUUGCCGCUACGCUUCCCAUGCCGCAGUUUGUGAUAUGGUUCGUAAUUCCAGCACUAAAGAACCCAACAGCGACUCAUGCGAACCACACUCUUGCUCUGAUUGUGUUAAUUCAGUAUGCCCCCCGCCUGUUUGUUAUAUUUCCUCUGAACCGACAGAUCAAUAAAACCACUGGAGCAAUUGCCAAAACUGCUUGGGCUGGUGCUGCUUAUAAUCUCCUCCUUUAUUUGCUUGCUAGCCAUGUUAUAGGAGCUGCAUGGUAUGUGGCGUCAAUUCAGCGCCAGGAUGAGUGCUGGAAACUCGAGUGUAGAAAGGAGAUGAAUGCCACUCGUUCUCCUUCUUGCAGUCCUCUUUUUCUGGACUGUGAUAGUUUGGAGCAGCCCGAACGACGUGCUUGGCUAAAAGUUACUCAUGUUCUUAUAAACUGCGAUGCCUUUAAUAAUGACAAGAAUUUCGAGUUUGGGAUGUUUGCUGAUGCAUUUACUGAUGAAGUUGCUUCUUCCAAAUUUUUCGAAAAGUACUUCUACUGCCUUUGGUGGGGCUUGAAGAGUUUGAGUGCAUAUGGACAAAAUUUAACGACAAGCACUUACAUGGGUGAAGUUUUAUUUAGCAUUUUGAUUUGCACAACGGGGUUGGUUCUGUUCUCACACCUCAUAGGCCAAGUGCAGAGUUAUCUGCAAUCUACAUCUGCUAGACUUGAGGAGUGGAGAAUAAAACGAAGAGACACAGAGGAAUGGAUGAGGCGUCGACAGUUACCCGUUCAUUUGCAAGAGCGCGUUCGUCGAUUCGUUCAAUAUAAAUGGAUUGCGACUCGAGGUGUCGAUGAAGAAUCGAUCUUGCGCAAUCUACCUUUGGACCUUCGACGUCAAAUUCAGAGACAUCUCUCUCUUGCGCUUGUUCGCCGUGUUCCCUUUUUUGCACAAAUGGAUGCACAGCUAUUGGACGCCAUAUGCGAACGUCUCGUUUCAUCCUUGAAUACUAAAGACACGUAUAUAGUGAGGGAAGGAGAUCCUGUAAAUGAGAUGCAUUUCAUCAUCAGAGGGCAGCUUGAGAGCUCCACCACCAAUGGGGGCAGGUCAGGAUUCUUCAACUCCAUCACCCUGAGACCGGGCGACUUCUGCGGUGAGGAGCUCCUAACAUGGGCCUUAGUCCCAUCCCCAAGCCUAAGCUUCCCGUCCUCGACUCGAACUGUGAAGUCCCUCACCGAAGUCGAGGCGUUCGCGCUCCAAGCUGAGGAUCUCAAGUUUGUAGCCAGCCAGUUCAAGCGCCUCCACAGCAAGAAACUCCAACACGCUUUCAGAUACUACUCCCACCAAUGGAGGACAUGGGGAGCUUGCUUCAUGCAGGCUGCUUGGAGAAGAUAUGUGAAAAGAAAGCUGGCCAUGGAGUUGGCAAGACAAGAGGAACUUUAUUACACAACCAUCAUGGACCAAGACCAGAGCCAUGGAAGUGAAAUGGAAGGCGAAGGAGAUGGUGAAACCAGUGGCUCCAAAAAUGGAAGUGUGAGCAAGCCCCAAAAUCUUGGAGUCACAAUGUUGGCUUCAAAGUUUGCAGCAACUACCAGAAAAGGGAUUGCCCAGAAGUUGUCUGGCCUUGAUUCUGAUGCCACCAGCUUGAAAAUGCCCAAGUUGUUCAAGCCAGAUGAACCAGAUUUCUCUGCUUUCCACGAAGGAUAAUUACAAGUAAGCCAUAAUCAAGAGAGUAGACAAAAAUAAUUGUUUGUUUUUUUAACAUAAUCUCCACCAAUAAACAUAAUGUUAUAGGUGUAAUUACACAACAAUGAGAAUAUAUUGAUAGAUACUUAGAAAAGUCUGUUCAAAUUGUAAAUCUGUGAUUUACCAUAUUUUCCUUGUAUGAAAAGUUACAAAAGUUGAGACUUAGUCCCAAUUGGCAAGUUUUUCUCUCUUCUUU